AAUUAUUUCUGUGUUACAGCAAAAAUAAUAUAGCGUAAUAAGCACUGAUUGAGCCUGGAGAAUAUCAGUAAAGCCACAAGUUAAUAAUAUUAAAUAAGAAAUUAACAUAUUUCCUUAUUUGUGAUAAGAGAGCAAAAUCUGCAAGAGUGAAGAUAAAAAAACGAAAAUAGUAUAUGCAUUGAAUAGUGCCACAAAGAUUGAAGAGUUCGAUCCAGCAUCAUAUAGAUUCUAACCCUAACGUAAUCUAAUUUAUAAAAGAUGGAGAAAUCGCAGAAAAUGCCCAAAGUGGCAAAGGUAAAAAAUAAGGCGCCCGCAGAGAUACAAAUCACCGCGGAGCAGUUGUUGCGCGAAGCGAAGGAGCGAGAUUUGGAAAUUCUUCCGCCACCGCCAAAACAAAAAAUAUCAGAUCCUCAUGAGCUUGCGGACUACCAGCAUCGCAAGCGCAAAGCAUUUGAAGAUAUCAUUCGUAAAAAUCGUAUGAUCAUUACGAAUUGGACAAAGUAUGCGCAAUGGGAGGAGUCACAAAAACAGAUACAACGUGCGAGAUCUAUCUACGAGCGAGCGUUGGAAGUGGAUCAUCGAAAUAUUGCAUUAUGGCUCAAAUACACGGAAAUGGAAAUGCGCAAUAGGCAGAUAAAUCAUGCUCGAAAUUUAUGGGAUAGAGCGGUGACUCUGCUACCGCGGGCGAAUCAAUUUUGGUACAAAUACACUUAUAUGGAAGAGACUUUGGAGAAUAUCGCUGGUGCGCGUCAAGUCUUUGAGCGAUGGAUGGAAUGGGAACCAGACGAACAGGCCUGGCAGACAUACAUAAAGUUCGAGCUUCGUUAUAAGGAGAUAGAUCGAGCUCGACAGAUCUACGAGCGUUUUGUAAUGGUUCACCCUGACGUGAAACAUUGGAUAAAGUACGCCCGCUUCGAAGAAUCAUACGGAUUCAUCAAGGGUGCGCGCGCGGUAUAUGAACGAGCCGUAAGCUUUUACGGAGACGAAGGUCUCGAUGAGAAACUGUUCCUGGCGUUCGCCAAAUUCGAAGAAGGUCAACGAGAACACGAUCGUGCCCGUGUAAUUUACAAGUACGCGCUCGAUCACUUACCGAAGAGCAACACUCAGGAGAUCUACAAGGCGUAUACGAUCCACGAAAAAAAGUACGGCGAUCGCUCAGGUAUCGAAGACGUAAUAGUCAGCAAGCGGAAAUAUCAAUACGAACAGGAAAUUAAAGAAAAUCCCUCCAAUUACGACGCGUGGUUCGACUAUUUGAGAUUGGUGGAGUCGGAAGGUAACGUUGACGUGAUUCGUGAAACGUACGAACGAGCGAUAGCUAACGUGCCACCCACCAAGGAAAAACAAUUUUGGCGAAGAUACAUCUAUUUAUGGAUCAAGUACGCUCUUUUCGAGGAACUUGAGGCAAAGGAUAUCGAACGGUGCCGACAGGUGUACAAAGUGUGCCUCGACCUUAUACCGCACAAACGGUUUACCUUUUCGAAAAUCUGGCUUCUUUACGCGUACUUCGAAAUACGACAAAAGAAUCUGGCUAAGGCGAGAAAAACAUUAGGACUAGCGUUGGGAAUAUGCCCAUCAGACAAACUUUUUCGAAGUUAUAUUGAUCUCGAAAUACAGCUUGUGGAGUUUGAUCGUUGCCGAAAGCUCUACGAGAAAUUUCUCGAGUUUGGCCCGGAAAACUGUACCACCUGGAUGCGAUUCGCCGAGCUGGAGACGCGAUUGGGCGAGAUAGAUCGGGCUCGAGCGAUAUACGAGUGCGCUGUCGCACGACCGCGACUGGACAUGCCGGAGCUACUAUGGAAAUCGUAUAUCGACUUCGAGAUUGCCCAAGGCGAAGCAGAGAACGCCCGCCAGCUAUUCGAACGAUUGCUAGAGCGUACAUUGCACGUUAAAGUCUGGAUAGCAUAUGCAAAAUUUGAACUAUUGAAUCCACAGUUGGAAGAUAGUCCAGACAAUGUCGUUUUAGCGAGACGUAUUUUCGAGCGCGGGAACGACGCGCUGAGAUCCAGUGGCGAUACCGAGAGUCGAGUGUUGCUAUUGGAAGCAUGGAAAGAUUUUGAGAGCGAGAAGGGCACCCCGGAAAGUCUCGCGAAGAUUAUAGAGAAAAUGCCGCGUAGGGUGAAGAAGAGGAGGCGCGUCGUUGGCGAAGAUGGCAACGACGACGGCUGGGAGGAAGUUUUGGACUUUGUAUUUCCGGAAGACGAAUCGCAGAGGCCAAAUCUAAAAUUCUUGGCUUCUGCAAAGGCUUGGAAAAAGCAGACCGAAUCUCAAUCUUGAGAUAAUAUUAUAUAUGUAUAUAUUUGUGUAUAUAUAUAUCUGUAUAUAUGUGUGGAUGAUUACAUUUGAUUAGAAAAUAUUAUUUUUAUAAUAUUUCAUAAUUUCACAAUUUAUUUUAAGUAUAAAAGUGUAUAAGUUGCAAAGUUUGAAUUUAAAAACAUGUAAAUAAUAAUUCUAAAACAUAUAAAAAGAAGAGAAGAAUAAAAACAAAACUUGAUUUCUC